UUAAAAAGAACACCAAGGAAGAAAGAAGCAUGGUAUUUGAAAGGUUUUUCUGGAACAUUCCAGCAUUCUCUAUUUCUCUCUACAACUAAGCAGAAACCCAAGCAUUUUCCAGAACACACCACUUUUAAUAAUUAAACCCCUUUCACUUCUCAUCUUCCAUUAUUGUUGAAUCAUUUCUCUCACUUUGUUUAUCCUCUGAAGUUUCUUAACAUUUUGUUUUCUGUCUUUUCUUAGUUUUCAAAGUCUCUGUUUCUGCAACAAUGAGUCGACACCCAACUGUCAAGUGGGCUCAGACGUCUGACAAGAUCUAUAUAACUGUUGAGUUACCUGAUGCCAAAGAUGUAAAGCUGAAGCUUGAGCCUGAUGGAAAGUUCUUCUUUUCAGCUAUGAAAGAUGGCAACCCUUACGAGGUUGACAUUGAGUUGUUGGAUAAGAUCAGUGUAGAGGAGAGCAAGUAUAACAUUGGGGUGAGGCAAAUUGUCUAUGUUAUUCAAAAAGCAGAGAAGAAAUGGUGGAGCAGGCUCUUAAAAGAAGAAGGGAAGCCACCAGUUUUCCUCAAGGUUGACUGGGAUAAAUGGGUUGAUGAAGAUGAGGAGAAUGAGAAGAGUUUUGACUUCGGUGACAUGGAUUUCUCGAAAUUAGGCAUGGGUGGGGAUGAUGAUUUUGAUAUGGAUGAUACAAUGGACGAAGAAGAACCAAAAAAAAGUGAAGAAGCGGGGAAAGAUGAAUCUGUGGAAGCUGUCGCAAUGGAUAAAGCAAAGGAAGAACCCGUGGAAACAGUGGCUGAAGAUGCUAAGGCUUGACUGUAUUAGAAACCAGUAGAUGGAUCUAUGUAGAUUAACUUGAUUUAGUUUUUGGCCUAUAAUGGAAAGGACCUACAUAUUGUUCAUGUAUGUUUAAUGUCCGUGUGUAACAACUGCCAAAGUCCAAAGAUGACGAUGUUAUCUGUUGGAGAUGGAAUUUGAACAUAGAACAGAUUUUGGAAAUACAAUCAUGUCUACACCAUUUGACAAACUAAGAUCAAAAAGUAAAAACUUAUUACUCCGUA